UAGAAUAAAUUAUUGUGGGAAAUGAUAUUAAAAAAAAUUAUUUCAAAAAGGGAGAAAAAAAAAAAAAAAUCCCUUCCAAGUCUGAUUCUUUCUUUUAAAUUUUCCCCCUUCCCUAUCCCCAACUUUCUCAAAUUUUGCUCUUAUAAAUUCUCCAAGUUAAUUCAAUUUUUGUGGCUUCAUAACUCACUUUUUCGAAAUAGAAAAUUGUUUUCAUAAAAGAAAAUACGGCCUUAGCCAUAUCCUUUUCGAAACAAUUUUCAGAAAACAAAAAUUCAGAAGAGAGAACUGUCUCUGUAACAAUGGAGCUCGACUUCUGCGAUUCUCCUCUGCCUAAAAUUCGAUAUUCUAUCGAAGCUACACUUUAAUCAGGUUUUAAAUUACAAUGAGCAUUGUGGGUUUGCGUCUUAAUUUCUGAAGAGAAGACAAGUUGAUCUGGACUGCAAGAAUAAUCGAGAUUUCUGUAAUUAUUUGAAUAUAUGGCUAGGCGAAGGGUUAAGAAAACAACUGAUAAACAAGCUCCCUCGUCACCAGGGGCUGAUUUGAAUAAUGUUGAAGUGAAAGAAACUCAAAACGAUAAGGAAGAAGCUCAAUUCAUUGACCCAGAUGUUGAGCGUCAAAUUGCUGCCAUUAGAGCUAUUCGGGAUGUAGAGAUUGAGCAUCUGUUGACUGAAUUGCGUUUGCUCCGUUCGUAUUUUAAAAAGGAGCAGUUGCAGACCCCAGUAUUGCAAUUUUUUGCAGAGAACUUUCCGAAUUUGUCAGUGGUAAGAAAUGGACAAAAUAGAGACGCUGAAGUACAAUGGAAAACUAAAGAAGACAAUGUCUCUGAUGACAAUAGAAGAGAGCUCCACGCGUCCCUUCUGCAUCGAUUGUCCAUGGCUUAUUCCAAUUAUUCUGCAGCAAUCCCAUCUUUGGGUGGUUUUGACUUUUCUAAUAAAACAGUGAAAACAAGCCAUUUUGCUGGUGAAGAUCUGCAGAUCAGAGACUUUGUUCUGGAGGAGCCAUCUGAAACACAGAUGCUAGGGAUGCAAGAUGCUUUUUGUACACCUGGGAUGAGUAGCCAAAGGCUUUCUGUUGGAAUGACACCCAAAACACUGAGGCUUCCAAAGCCUGGAGAGAUGCUUUUAUCUGUCCGCGGUUCUCCACUUGGUGUUUACAAGGAAGACAACAUGGAAGCUAUUCACGAGUCUGAAGAGAGCUAACUGGAAAUUUCUGAAGUAGUUAAAUCAUGAGUGUGCUCUACUGGUGCCAUUGAAUUAUAUGUAUUAAGAUUUCAUGAUGUAUAACUUAGUCGCAGCCUAUUUCUUAAUCUGUAGAAUAGUUUUAGUUUUGUAAAACUCCAGGGCAAAAUCCAUGUUUUAUAUAAAUAUUCUCAAGUAUUAAUUGAUGUACAAUCUACUUUCACUCUCUCACAUAAUUGAACUGUCAACACUUGCUCAAA